AAGACUUGGUUUUCUUAUUGUUAUUGUUAUUGUUGUAGAUUAUGCUAAACGCUAUGUCUCGGCCAAGGCCCCAUUCACAUAGAUUCUUGCGUGUGGGCCCCGAGAGUCCGAGACAAGGCUUUUUGACAAAUGGAGCCUAACACCGUUGGAUCCUCAUCACACCCAACUUCCUCACUUCGUCUCUCCUACGUUCAUUUGAAGGUUAGAUCUUCACUCCGAGUAUAGACUUCAGAGUCAGCUGUCGUUCGCUCUUCCGCUCCAGUCAAAUAGACCCAGGAUGAAGGCUUAGCGCAUGGGGCUUAAUUGAAGAUUUUAAUUUCCGAAUCUGUUGCUAGGAAUUAUUGUUCCAGUUGGUGUUGAUAAAGUGACCAAAGUUAACUCCACCUGAAAAGAAUAAAAUGGCAUUUGUUACAACUGCUGAAGUUUGUGAUGCAAAUCCCCAACUUAUUGUGAGUGGUGAGCUUCGAGCACUUGAGCCGAUAUUCCAGAUAUAUGGUCGGCGCCAAGUAUUUUCUGGACCUAUAGUUACCCUCAAAGUGUUUGAAGACAAUGUUUUAGUUCGUGAGUUUCUUGAGGAAAAGGGAAAUGGCAGAGUUCUUGUUGUUGACGGGGGAGGAAGUAAGCGGUGUGCAAUAUUGGGGGGCAAUCCUGUGGUACAAGCUCAGAAUAAUGGAUGGGCGGGUAUAGUGGUCAAUGGCUGUGUGAGGGAUGUUGAUGAGAUAAAUGGGUGUGAUAUUGGAGUGAGAGCUUUGGCUUCACAUCCAAUGAAAGCUAACAAGAAGGGGGUUGGGGAGAAGCAUGUUCCGAUUAGCAUUGCCGGCACUAGAAUCUCCGACGGAGAGUGGCUUUAUGCAGACACAGAUGGAAUUCUGAUUUCUCAAACAGAGUUAUCCGUCUGAGCGUUCUUCCUUGCAAAUGUCUUUUAAGUCGUGUGUGUGAUGCUUUGUUUGUAGACUAUGUGAGUUCAUGUUUGGAACGUUUGGCAAAACAAUUGCCUCUGUUUAUAUGCUUCUUCAUUCAGAGUGAUGCUACUUCAAUAGAAACUCAUGCUUUCAAAAAGGGCUGUUGCUUUUUGCUAAAGAUUUGGGUUUGCAAGAAGAUUUGCUUGGAGGUUAUGUUUCUGUUUGGAAUCACUCUAAAAGAACUUCCUGCACUGAUCUGUCAUAUGCUUCAACCACUUCAGCAGCACUUCAGCAGCAGUCUGGUAUAUAUAAUAAAUGGGAUCUUACUAGGACUGGCAACUUGUUGCCACUUCCACUUGUAUGGCCUACAAUAAUUGAUCUUUGCUUGUUCCAUCAACAAUUUAUUUUCAUUUUGCUCCAUCAUUAUAUUGACAUUUCACUCUGGCAUAUCUUUCA